AUGAAAAGAUGGAGGGAUGGAAGAGCAGGGCUGUUGCUGCCAUUGGCCUUCCUGUUGCCCUGGGCACGUAGCUCACUGGCAUCAAAUGGCAGCGAAGGUGAUGCCCAGGGCACGCCACACUCAUGUGGCCGAGCCCUUGAGAGACGUGUGGUGGACUUGGAUCAGUCUGUGGGUCCCUUUACUGAGUCCUGCGGCCUGUUAACAUGUGGCCAGGGAAUAAGCGCCAGAUCUCAACCACAGUACAAUUUUUCUGCUAUCAUGGGAGGGGAACCUGUGAACAUCUUGGAGUUCCCAUGGCACGUAGGGAUUAUGAGUCUCGGCAAUCAUGUCUGUGGGGGAUCUAUUCUCAGUGAGUGGUGGAUUCUAACUGCAUCCCAUUGCUUCAGCCAAAUCAACAACUCGAACCUAGAGAUCAUGCAUGGCAGAGAUGACUUCAACAACACAGAGGACGUGACGUAUAAGGAAGUAGACAAGUUGAUCAUACACCCAAGUUUUGAUAGCUGGCUCCUGGACAAUGACAUAGCUUUGCUCUUGCUCAGAUCCCCAUUAAACUUGACUGUCAAGAGUGUACCCAUCUGCGUUUCAGAAGUCUCCAACGUACUGGCCUGGGAUAACUGCUGGGUGACAGGAUGGGGCAUUACCAAUACCAGUUUAGUAAAAGUCCAACCCUCAAAGCUUCAGAAAGUCCAUGUGGAGCUGUUCAGAUGGGACUGGUGUGGCCAGGUUUUGCCUCUACUAACCAAGAAUAUGCUGUGUGCUGGGGCUCAAGAUGCUGGGAAGGAUGCCUGCCAGGGUGACAGUGGAGGACCUCUAGUUUGCAACAAGAAGAGAAACAUAACCACUUGGUACCAGUUGGGAAUUGUCAGCUGGGGCGUGGGCUGUGGCAGGAAGAAUGUACCCGGAGUGUACACUAAGGUGUCGAAUUACCUGAAGUGGAUUAGAAAGGAGACAGCCAAGGCAGGAAAGCCUUAUGUGUAUGUGGAGGACUCUGCAUGCUCUUCUCCCGUCUCGUGCUGGCCUCUCCUGUUCCUAUAUUUUGUAAUGUUCUAA